AUGGCGUGGCUUGAUUCUCAACCGUCCAGAUCUGUUCUCUACGUCAGCUUUGGAAGUCUUGUCAAAACAUCGUUAGCCCAGCUUUUAGAGUUUUGGAAUGGCUUGGUUGACAGUGGCUACUCUUUCCCGUGGGCUAUACGGCCGGAUAUGGUGGAUGAAGAAAACGACAACGGCGUCAUUUCAUUCCCUAAGGUACUUGAAAUUGGGCCAAAAGAAAGAGGGUAUAUAGUUGAUUGGGCCCCACAAGAACGAGUCUUGGCCCACGAUGCUGUGGGCGGGUUUCUAACCCAUGGUGGUUGGAACUCGAUCUUGGAGAGUAUUUUGGCGGAAGGUCCUAUGAUUGGUUGGCCCAACUUAGGGGAUCAAAGGGUUAAUGUUGUAUGUAUUAGAAACGUGUGGAGAAUUGGGGUUGAAUUAGAGGCGUGUGACAGGUGGACCAUACAGAGAACAAUCAAGACAUUGAUGGAGAGAAGGGUGGAGUUUCAAAGGUCAAUGGAUAGAAUUGCCAAAUGGGCUAGGGAUAGCAUUGACAAAAAUGGAUCUUCCUGCCACAAUUUAGAAAUGUUUGUUGAUGAUCUUAAGAAAAUCAAAGCAAAGAGAUUGGCUGCUUUGUGUAGAGCAGCUUGA